UACUUUGUGGCAGUGUGUCAUGGAGUUGAAGAGAUGAAAGUCUAUUUGUAGUGAUUCAAAAAAGCAUUUUUUAACACUUCCAGUCCACUACCAAUUAUCAACAGACAAGGAGAUAAACUCCACUCGUUAAGAUGACCGAUUCCAGCGAUUUGGAUCGGCAAAUUGAGCAGUUGAAAAAAUGCGAAAUCAUCAAAGAGGCUGAAGUGAAAGCUCUUUGUGCAAAAGCACGAGAAAUCCUCAUAGAAGAAAGUAAUGUGCAAAGAGUCGAUUCCCCAGUUACCGUAUGUGGUGAUAUUCAUGGUCAGUUUUAUGACCUGAAAGAACUUUUUAAAGUUGGAGGCGAUGUACCAGAAACGAAUUACCUCUUUAUGGGAGAUUUCGUCGACAGAGGUUUCUACAGUGUCGAAACGUUUUUGCUCCUUCUGGCUCUGAAGGUUCGUUAUCCAGAUAGAAUCACACUAAUCAGAGGAAACCACGAAUCCAGACAAAUCACGCAAGUCUAUGGCUUCUACGAUGAAUGUUUACGUAAAUAUGGUAGCAAUACGGUGUGGCGUCAUUGCACGGAGAUUUUCGAUUACUUGUCUCUUUCGGCUAUCAUUGACGGAAGAAUAUUCUGCGUCCAUGGUGGUUUGUCUCCGAGCAUACAGACGCUAGAUCAAAUCCGCACUAUUGACAGAAAGCAAGAGGUACCUCAUGACGGUCCAAUGUGUGAUCUCUUGUGGUCGGAUCCCGAAGAUACUCAGGGUUGGGGUGUAUCGCCUCGAGGAGCCGGAUAUUUGUUUGGUAGUGAUGUCGUAGCGCAAUUCAAUUCUGCUAACGAUAUCGAUAUGAUAUGUCGAGCCCAUCAGUUAGUGAUGGAAGGAUAUAAAUGGCAUUUUAAUGAGACGGUCUUGACUGUCUGGUCUGCACCUAAUUACUGUUACAGGUGCGGUAAUGUGGCUGCGAUUUUAGAAUUAAACGAACAUCUUCAAAGGGACUUUACGAUAUUCGAGGCUGCACCCCAAGAAAGCCGAGGAAUUCCAAGCAAGAAGCCGCAAACUGACUAUUUUUUGUGAAUUAAAGAAUAUUUUAUAGCCAAUUUCUGUGGCAUGAUGGACACUGAAGUUUUAAGAUUUUCAGUACCCCUCGUUUAAGCACGUAUACAACUAGGAAUCAAGUAAAUCUUAAUCUUCUUAAGUGGAUGUGAAAAAUGCUACUUUACCAAAUUAAGAUGUGUACAUAAUUAGCUGAACUACUUGCAUACGUAACUGUUCGUUCAUAAUAACUUCAAUUAAAAUAGAAUGAUGUGAUUGAAGAAUAGGAACCAUUGUAGGUCUGCCAAAUUGCAAGUCCAGCAGCCUCUCAAAUAGCCGAUUACUUUACCUUUUUCCCUUUCUUAUAUGAGUAUUUUCAACUUUAAUAAUUGUUCCUAUUGAAAGAACGGUACCAAUUAUUUUAACGGGGAAAAAUAAAACAUCGGACGACUAUUUUUGGACGGGCAUUGGCGUUAUUACCUGAUAUAAAAGAUAAUUUUAUAAAUUUGAGUUUACAUUUGAAAAAAUUUAAGGAUGUGUACUGAGAAUCAUAAGACCAGUUUCGUUUCAAUAAAUUGUUAUUGUAAUCGGAGUUUGCAGUUAAGUAUGUCAUUUGUGACUGUACAUCAAUUAAGUGUGUAUCUUCCAAAUUUUUGUACUGUAUACAAGAGAAUGUCUGAGUUGGUAGCAUUUAGCAGUCUAUAAAAUAUAAAACGUAUGAGUCACACUGUCCUUUCCUUUAAAAAAUUACGUAAUAUCUGUAUUCAUUCACGUUCCGUACAAACACUUUCUUGAAAUUAAUUUUUCCUACUUGGCUCUUAGGUUCAAUUUUUAUUGAAUAAAAACGAAUGAAAA